GUGCAGUUGUGGGACCCCAUCCACCCCUCACUAGAUUACAUCCUCACCUCUAUAUGACCUUAUUGCUGCUCACACUCUAUGUCCCACGAUGAAAUCCAAAGACGAUGGAGGAGUGGCCCCUCACGACCUGAAGCACCUGCUCGGUUGGGAACCGAACUUGAGAAUGAAAUGCAAAGACGAUGAAGGCAUGCUCCCUCACACUGUAAAGCACCUGCUCAGCUGGGAACUGAAUUCGAGGGUGAUACUGGUGUCCAGGGCCUUCCUGGGUCUCCUGGGACCCCAGGGAGAGCCAGGGUCUCCUGGACCACGGGGCACUUCUGUGUCACAGGGUCCACCUGGACCUCAGGGCCCUCUAGAAUACCCAGGACCUCAAGGUGUCAAGGGUGCAGAUGGAAUUCAGGGUCUGAAGGGCCGUAGGAGUGCAAAGGGUGAGGCUGGAGCCCUGGUUCCACAGGAGAGGAUGGUCCCAAGUGGCAAAAGAAACAUGAUGAAUCCACUGGAGACCCUGGAUCCCCCAGGGAUCACAAGCAAGAGGAUGAUGGGAGGAGAGAUCUGUGCCUGGACCAUCAAGGAAUGGCUAGCUGGGUGUUCCUGGUCUGCCUGCCUACCCCGGAAGCCAGGAACUCCGGGUGACACUGGGGCCUGUGGAGGAAGUCAGGGUCUCUGGGAGAACGGGACCUCACGGGUUCAUGGCAUCCCCAGGGUCCCCGAGGUGCCACUGGGAAGUCUGGAGCUAAGGGCCAAGACAGUACUAAGGGUGACCAUGGCAAGGAUGGCGAACCAGGACACCCUGGUCCCGGCAGGAUACCUGGUCCCCAAGGGUGAUGAGGAGUGA